AUUUCUAUAGAAUGUGUAUAAAUCAUUGAACGGUUCAUAAGUUAGGUGGAUGGGUUUGUAAACAAAUUGUGGUGCUGGGAAUUUUUUUGGGGGUUCUUUGGAUUAAUGAGGAUUAAUAGAUCAACUGGCAAUGUGUGGUGGAUAAGAAAAGUCAAAAGCUCUUAUGAAGAAGGGACACAACUGUGGUUACUAUAAAUUGAAGUCGGAAGAAAUACACAGGACAGAAUUGCUUCCCUUCAUUGAUCUGUGUCACAUUCACUAUGAGUUAAUGUCUCCAAUCUGCAACACAGGGAUGUUGUACAUUAGUCACCAUGACGAUACAUGAUACUGUGGAAUCGGAUGGAUUAGUAACAGUAAGCGGAACCUUGAGCCCUCUUAGCACAAUUUCUAGCAAGGGAGAUCACUCCGACACGAAAGCAACAAUGAUUGAGGACAGAUCAAAGUCGGCAAGCUGUCGUAAUCGGCAGCCGACCAUGAUUAGGCGCGAAGGAGCAGUCCGAGUUUCCAGCGAAAAACCCCACAAGGCUUCAGAGAACGGCCCAGUGAGGGGGUUUCGCGCAAUGUCGGCACAGGAGCGAACCAGUCUGAGCCUGAAGUUGAGGGUUGAGGAAGAGGCAGAGAAGUUUUCGGAGCAGAAGAGUAAAAUCGUGAAAGGUUCAGACGACCAGCGAUGGAGGGACAGUAUACGUCAGCAAAUGGAGGCAGAGCUGGACCAGAGGGUUCGGGACGCCUUGGAAACGCCGCCGCUUGAGCGAAACCAUGGUAACCAAAACGGUGAUCACCAGAGAAACAGUUCUAGUCGUGACCUUGAGAAUUUGAAUGCCCAUGUGUUGUUGGACUUGUCUGAUAAAGAGAGAAAUUAUUUAAAAUCAAGACGAUGGAAAGCGCUGCAAGCUAAACGCCAGAUGCAAAAAUUCAUGAGCAUGAAUUAUGGACAUCCGCCGAAUUCCUCGCGUAUUGAGGUCAUGUUUAGGGAUGAACUAUCGAAAUCAAAUCAGGACGAGUUUCCAGGUGUCUUUGGUUUGAAUUCUUUUUCCGAAGGUGUUAAGGAUUUAAACGAAAUUCAUAGAAAACAGUUUGAUAAGUAUCCAACAUUACGACAACUUCAUAAACAGUAUUACACUAAGGAAGGAUUCUUAACUGCCUCUCGAAACGGGAAAUUUCCAGACGGAACGGUGCUAGAAAAAGAAUCCGAUGGUUCUUAUGAGGACAAAUUUGGUGUUGUUCGAAAUCAUCAUGGACCUUUCUGGCCUAGCGAUUGGGGUCCCCUAUACCCGGCCCCAAAGUUUUUAUGGAAUACAAAUACACCAGUAGAACCCUUGUACUAUUUUUUCAAAAGAGACUGCAUGGGGAAAAGAAGGGAGUUUUCCAGGCCAAUGAAAGAUGCAGAUCAAAACUACCCCACUGUUGAGAGCCAGGCAACGCAAUACACAUCAAAAUGGCGCGGUGUGCUCAUAGUUUACGACUCGGAGCGCAGCAGCAGAGACCAUUUUCCCAGUCCGGUUCCCGAAGGAUGCUGCCCAAAUUUACUUUUUGAGUCUCGAUUUGAAAGCGGGAACCUGCGACAGGCACGCAGGGUGGGCCAGUUUGAGUAUGAGUUGGUGUUGAAGACGGACCUGUACACUAAUAGGCACACCCAGUGGUACUAUUUCCGGGUGCAGAACGCGGUACCGGGUAUCACCUACAGGUUCCGGAUCGUCAAUCUGCUCAAACGGGACAGCCUAUACAAUUAUGGUAUGCGACCUCUGUUAUACUCGGAGAUGGAUGCCAAGAAUAAAGGCGUGGGGUGGAUACGCACGGGUCACCAUAUUAGUUAUUCUCGCAAUGUUUUACACCUUCACUGCCCAUUGUUAAUGCGGGGAAUACCCUUCUAUGAGCUGGAAUUCCAGAUGGACUUCCCGAACGAGGGGGACACAUACUACCUGGCCCACUGUUACCCGUACACGUUCACCGAUCUCAAGGACGACCUUGAAAACAUACUCAACGACCCCGAGAGACAGAAGUUCAUGAACCGUGAGGUGUUGUGCGAGACCCGGGCAGGCAAUAGCUGUUUUCUAGUCACUAUAACUAAUUUUGAUCAACCGGAAGCCAUACAAGAGGAGAAGAAAGCUGUGGUGAUAACCGCCCGGGUGCAUCCGGGAGAAUCGCAAGCCUCGUGGAUGAUGAGGGGCGUAAUAGACUUUGUGACCAGCCUAACCCCUCAGGCUGCUGAACUUAGGGACAAAUUCAUAUUCAAAAUAGUGCCCAUGUUGAAUCCCGAUGGUGUGAUAGUGGGAAACUACAGGUGCUCAUUAGCGGCGCGGGAUUUAAACCGGAAUUACCGUCAUCCUAGAAAGGAGAGUUUUCCGACCGUGUGGCAUACGAAAAAUAUGAUAGAGACGGUGAUGGAGAAACAUGAGGUAAUACUGUACUGUGAUCUUCACGGCCAUAGUCGGAAACACAAUGUGUUUAUGUACGGCAACAACACGUCUACAGAUGAUCCUGACAACUGCAAUAACAACGGCAACAGCAUGGCGGGAGUACGGGCUUUCUUGAAUGAACGUCUCUUUCCUUGGCUGAUGGCGCAAAAGUCACCUGAAAAGUUUUCCUUCCCAUUCUGUAAAUUCAACAUCAAACGGUGCAAAGAAGCGACUGGACGCGUGGUGAUGUGGCGUCAGAUGAGGAUCCUAAAUAGUUUCACCCUCGAGGCAACGUUCAGUGGAACAGCAAUGAAUAAUGAUGAGUGCAGACAUUUCAACAUCGCUGAUUACAUGGAGAUGGGGAGAAUACUCUGUGAAUCUGUGCUCGAGUAUCAGUACACGCAGGAAAACAAGGCACGUCAGACGGAGAUAGUGCUGGAGAUGACGCGCUACCUGACGUGCCAGGUGCUGGAGCGACGGAGAGGUGUGUCCUACAAGAUGCCUAACUUGAAGGCAUUCAUGAAACAGGAGCAGGCCAAUAGAAAUGUUGACGAUGGUAAGACCACAUCUAGUCAAGAACAACCCAUGGAGGAAGGGAAGAGCAGUCCAAGUGAGGAGAAUGCCUCAGUUGCCAUGGAAACCGCAGACAACAGUUUGGCCGAGCGUGAAGACAAAAUGCGUAAACGUGAACGGAGACUGGACAACAGGAGUGUGAACGGCAACAACCCUCUGAGCAAGGUGGAUGUCGACAACAUCAUCGACGCGGAGUCCAUGAAGACCAUGGAUGGAUGCCUUAAGAUUCUUGCCCAGUUGAACGUUUCUGAAGCGCUUGAAGAGUCAGACUCAAGUGACUCGGACUCUGAAUCAGAGCCAGAACUGAAGCCCCCGCCAGAGCCAAAGCCAAAGAAGAAGAAGCGGAAGUCGAGGAAGCAGCGGGACCGAGAACAGCAAGACCGGAAAGGUGGAUCGGGCGGGUCAGACAAGAAGGAGGAAAGAAAGUCCAGCUCAAAUUGCUUCCAAUGUACCACUUCUAAAUGCCAUUCGGCUCUUCCGAAUAUCUCAGGCAAUCAGGGUUCAGACUCACGCAAUGACAGCUCUAAUGGGAAGUCACAGGGUAACAGUAAAAAGGACAGAGAUCAAAAAGAGAAAAAAGAAAAGAAUUUCGUCAGCAAGUAUGAUGGUCGUAAAAAUGGUGGAAUACCUUGUUUUGCUGAGGAAAGAAGUGUGGAAAGAGCUGCAAGGCAGAGAAUGGCUGAGAUAAAAAAGCGGGGUGAGGAGGAAAAACAGCGGGAAAUGGCUUUCUUUUGUAUUGACGAGCCCGGCAUGUGCCAGUGCGGUCCAGCCCGCGCGGCCGGUAUGCCUGCUCUGCGUCGCUCACUAACUCAAGACGAGCUUCAACGUCGGCUUCAGGUGGCCUUGAACGAAGGGACGUCCAAUAUUGCUCAGACAUUGGUCGGACUAAAUGUUAGAACUGGAUACACCCAUGCUGGUUUACCAUUCCAUCCAGAUAAGAUUCCCAUAUUCGGAAAGUUCUUUGACUCAUUCAGGGAUUUGACACCUGCCGUCCUGCCUGCCACAGCAAAUCAAAAUAGCAGUUCAGAAGGUAGUGAAAGUGACGGCGACAUUCAGCCCACAAUCCCUGUGACUGCGCGGGCCACGCCUUUCCACCAUGAGACUCCGUCGAUGAUUGCCACAGUGUCACCUGCCUUCCAACACACCACCUCCACACACGCUCACCACAUUUUCAAAAAACAUCUUAGCUUACGAGGCCCCACAAUGAGAAAUGUCACUCGUCACCUUACCAACAGCGCCCAUGGCAACCUCAGUGUGGGUCAAUAUGGUAACCACAUCCCUAGAAAUGAGAUGCCCUCCCCUGCCUUGGACAUCCAGCGGAAAUUAGAGGAGAAAAAACGCAACCCUGGACCUUUGUUUUUCAAUCCUCCGAUCGAAGAAGCCAAGAUCAUGUAUACGCCCAGCACUCGACUUAUGAGGUCGCGAUCUGACCUGAAUAUUUCCAAAGACUACAUGAGAAUUCUUAUGGAACGAAUCAGGAACAAUCCAAUGAUAUAAUGUGGACAACUUCCAUAUAAGAGGACUCAAAGUGCCUGGACACGUGGAAUGACAUUUUUCUGAGUUGUCUACCUUGGAUAAUAGUUGAGUCACCUCCCCUGCUCAUCCAAACAAUUGUCUGUCCAAGAACUGUGGUGCCUGCCUGGUGUUGUGGUUCUUACUUACAAGAAGAAUGAUUAAGACAACUAAAUUAAGUUUUUCAUGCUUAAAGCUACAAUAGCAUAUUAAUGUAGGAAAGACAAGAGUUAUUGUUCCUGAUAGUGGUUGUUGUAGUAAGAAUUCUCGUGUAGGUCAAGAUCUUGUUUCUGUUUGUAGACAUCUGUAACAAGCUUUAUGUGUUGAAUAUUGUUGCUCCAAAGUUUUUGUAGUUCUGAAGAAUUGUAAAUCUUUAUAGGAAAAUGCGUAAUUGUUAGAUUAACCUUUUCCUACUCAAAAGCAAAGUGAAAAUGACUAUGUGUAAACAGCAUAAAAUCAGAAUAGCCUGCGAGUAACUCGCAGUCUGUUCAGGUUUUAUGCUGUUUGCUGCUCAUCAGUAUCUAAGGGUUGGAAAUGAAGCCUUUAAAAGUGAAAUCUAGUAAGAAAGGUCUUUAAUUAAAUAUAAAUUUCUGAGGAACUACAAAUGCAUCAAAAUACAUAUCUAAGUGGUUAACUCUCUCAGUGCUGGAACCGAAUUUUGAAGACCUUUGCAAACAGUUUGGAUCCAGAUGAGACACCACAGAAUGUGGCGUCUCAUCAGGAUCCAAACUGUUUGCUAUUCUGAUAGAAUUGUUUGAAAAAAAAUCGAAGAAAAUGCUUAUUUAAGAAAUUCAGCAGACAACAUUUUAGCAGACAACAAAUUUCCCAGCAUGCAAAAAGUUAAGGGUUAAAUGAAUCACAAUGAGACCUAGGCCAAAUGGCAAGUAAAAGAGCAGCUAGACACAACGUUUUCUAGACUAGAUUUCACCAUGCUUAAAUAUCUUGGUAUAAUAAUUGUUAUUCUUUUCAUUUCUCAUGGAAGAAAUUCCCUGGUACUUUACUUUCAGAACAUAUCAAUCAUAUAAGUUUACAUGUUUUGAACUUAAAAUUGAAUCAUAAAAUAUUUGCCAACAGUUGAACCCCCAAAGAACUGCAAAAUGCGAGUCUUGUUUUGGAUUCAUUGAUAAAAUAAUGUGUUGUGAUAAUGGUCAAAGUUGUAAAUGUGAAACUCAUCUAUUCACAUAGCACAGUGUAACAUGAAACUAAUAAAUAAGGGUUUGAAACUAAAGGGUAUCUUAUAUAGAAAUGUGAAGCAUAUCCAAGAGGUUUUCCAGCAAAAAUUUUCUUUUCUUUAAAAAGUACCUGCAAAACUUGACCAAUUGCUGUCCAAAAAAGUACCAAUUGAAACUUUCCAAUAAUACAAUUGUUUUUUUGUUUGUAUUAAAUUGCAACAAUUAGUUAACUUCCCUAUGCAGCUCUAUAUAUAUACAUAAUGGCUUGAACCCGAGUAAAUAUAAUAUUGACAACUUUAUAAGUUAUCAACUUUAAAAGUAUUUUUUAGCAAUAAAUGAAAUACAAAUUUCCAAAUCUGAAGACUUAACUGGAAUUUUCCUCAUUUCAGGGUGUUUUGCGUAUUUUUUUCUUAUUGAUCUGGUUCGGGUACUUUUCCCUAAGGGGCAAACAAAAUUGCUGUGUUUUCACUAGACUCUAUUGCUAUGGCGAUCAUUUUGCUCUUGUGAUGCUGUAUUUCAAUGUGACUUUGUAUGAUUGUUUUGUGUGCCCCCACUUUUAGAGGGGGAGGUGUAUCUGCUCUCAUUUGUCGUAGAUCAGAUUUUUUUGUUAUGCAAAGCUCAAUACAAGUUUAAAACUCAAAAUGUAUUGCUGCUUAAGCGAUGAAACUUUACAAAUAUAUAAACCAUAAUGAGAAGUACACACUGUAAUUUUUGUGCAGUAUUUUUUUCUUAAACAGCAGAAUGAUGGCCAUUUCAGCAAAUCAAACAACAACAACAAAUUGUUUGUACUUGUAUAACUAGAAAUAUAUUACUGCUUGAGUGAUGUAAGUUAAUAAUCAUAUUAGUCAUCAUGUGAAUUUGUGCACUUUGGUAUGUAUGCGCAAUUUUUUUUUUUUUUGUACAUUAGGGGAGUUUUUAGCUGAAUUAGGGGGCAACAGAGACAUCUCUAGGUUAAACAUGUCAUAUUACUUCAAUGUCUCCAUAAAUUCAUUUCUAAUCAAAGCAUCCACAUUUUUAGCUCACCUGAGCACAAUGUGCUCAUGGUGAGCUUUUGUGAUGGCUUUUGUCCGUCGUGCGUUGUCAACAUUUGCCUUGUUAACACUCUAGAGGCCACAUUUAUUUUCUAAUCUUCAUGAAAUUUGGUCAGAAGAUUGGUCUCAAUGAUAGCUUGGAUGAGUUCGAAAAUGGUUACGUUUGUUUGAAAAACAUGGCUGUCAAGGGUCGGGGCAUUUUUCCUUAUAUGGCUUAAGUAAAACCUUGUUAACACUCUAAAGGCCACAUUUAUUGUCAGAUCUUCAUGAUUCUUAGUCAGAAGAUUUGUCCUAAUGAUAUCUUGUAUAGUUAAAAAAUUAUGCAGGUUGGUUGAAAAACAUGGUCGCCAGGGAGGGGGGCAUUUUUCCUUAUAUGGCUAUAGUAAAACCUUGUAAACACUCUAGAGUCCACUUUUAUUUUCCGAUCUUCAUGAAACUUGGUCAGAAGAUUUGUCCCAAUCAUAUCUUGGAUGAGUUUGAAAAUGGUUCCGGUUGCUAAAAAAACAUGGCCACCAGGGGGCGGGGCAUUUUUCCUUAUAUCGCUAUAUAUGGCUUUAGUAAAAUCUUGUUAACACUCUAGCGGCCACAUUUAUUGUCGGAUCAUCAUGAAACUUGGUCAGAAGAUUUGUCUCAAUGAUAUCUUAUACAAGUUUGAAAAUGGUUCCAGUUGCUUGAAAAACAUGGCCACCAGGGGGCAUGGCAUUUUUCCUUAUAUGGCUUCAUGAAACUUGGUCAGAACAUUUGUUGUAAUAACAUCUUGGGCUGCACAGAACAGGUCAGUUCCUUUCAAUCUCAGGUGAGCAACUUUGGGUCUUUCAGGCCCAGGGGUGGUGAAAUCUCAAAAAACUAUACUUGUCCACGGACAACCAUUUAGGAAAUUUAACAUGUCCGUUGAUUAACUAAACUUGUCUGUUAAUGUUCAUAUAAAGAGCACCCACAUACUUGAUGUUACUUACAUGUAAUUUCAAUUUUUCUUGAUCACUUUUUAGUUGACAAGACGUGUGUUUGGCACUUUUUUAAUGAGCAGACAAGGUGUCCUUACAAUUAACAGUCAUUCCAGUGUAAAGUCCAGACUUAGUAUCGGCCAAAAGGGGAACUGCUUACAUAUUGUACAUGUAGCAAUUUGACUAUCAUCAACUCGUAACCAUGAAUUUUUUUUUAGUAAAGUGUCUUGAAAAGUUCUGGUGCGUUUAUUUAGAUCAUAUUUGUUAUCAUAAUCUUUCUUAGUUUUUUGGGAGGUGGACUGCUCAAAGCUUCCGCUUCUGCUCCGUUGUUGAAGAUUUAAAAAAAAACGUUCCAUCUUCACCGAAAGUCGUCUGAAAUAACAAGGUAGACCGUGUUUUGAUUAUCUUGAUUAGCUUGAUUGCUCCACAAAUAGCACUGACAAUGUAAUCGUGUGUCAACAUCCGGUUUUGUAAAACUUACUUACGACUUUAAUACAAUGUAUUUUUUGUUUUCCUUGACCCGACUUUAAAAUAACUGGUUGUCCACGGACAACUUAAUUGAAAAAAAUCAGUUGUCCAGACAAGCAAAUGUACGACUCGGGCAACUCGGACAUUUGAUUUUGCCACCCCUGAGGCCCUCUCGUUAUGUUUAUAUUUUAAAGUCAUUUUUAUGUAUGAAUGUUUUUUUGUCAGUACCGUUCAAGAUUAUGGACAUAUGCAUUAUAAACUAUCCUGAAUUUAUAGAGUAUCUCUCACUUCAUAUAAGGUAUAAAAAAAUAUCACAGCUUACUGUUUGUCAAUUAUUCUUGAUUUUGUUCUGGAAUCGUAAUUAACACCGGUUACAUAUUGUUUGAUAGAAUAUAUGUGUUAAUUAUUUGGGUUCUGGCAUGUGGCCAAAAUUUCAUCUUCUAGAAAAAAUGAGGAAAGCAGUUCUAUUUGGAAAGUGCUUACAAUUAUUUUGUUCCAUAUUUGUAAUUUUUGCACUUGAAACAAUGAUGAACAAUUUACAUAUCUCAAAAGAACUUGUGUCUUUUUGAGGUUGAAUUUUCUUAGAUAGUAGCAUUCAUUUUAAAACUGUCCAUUUUAUUAUUGUUGUAUUAUACAUUUUUUCAUUUCCAUAUUUUAGUUUUAUAUUUUAUUAUUGUUGUAGUAUACAUUUUUUCAUUUCCAUAUUUUAGUUUUAUAUUUGUAUCAUAUAUAAUAGUACCAUAAUUUAUGAUGUGAUGAUAUAUUUGCCAAUAUCAUGAAAUGAUAUUUGUCUAGAUAAAACUUUAAAAUUUUAGUUAUAUUUAAAUUAUUUUUGUCAGUUGUAUUGUGUAUUUUGAUACAUGUUAUAUUGUUAUAGUAUUGAAAUGUCUGUUUAUCCAUAAUAAAAUGUUACAAAAUG